UUGACAUCAUGCACGUAGAGUGUUUUUUUAGAGCGCUGUGACUCUAAAACUUUAUAUUCUUUCGCACAUUAUGUGAGCUCUCUGUUACUUUGGUAACUUGAUUAAGGACUUGUAUUCGGUACACCAAGAUGUUUGAGAUCGCGUACACGUAGGAGCCCAAGGAAAAAGUGGAAAUGUCGUAUCGGGACGUGAGAGUUGGGAAAAGCCGGUCGCAGUCAACAUGGCCGACCCUACAGCAUUAUACAUGCACAUGAUGUUGUGGCUGUUUGCGACUCGCACAAUACGCUAAGGAUGGGAACAAGGUUCAUCCCAGCUGUGGACAAGACGCUGCUGUUGGCGGCGAUCGUGUCUUUCAUCAUCGGCAACACCUUGACCACCCUCUGGUGCUGGCUCCCUGCUCUAACCUGUAACACAGACCGCCCGGUUACAACCAGGGACAUCGGCAGGAACCUCGGGGCUCCAGCUGGAUACGAAAUCAAGACAAUUCUGCGAGUCUCGCGGUAUGAAGGCGACAACAAUCUACCAUCGGACCCUCGUGUUACAGAGUACCUAGGAGAGAAGCCGUGUGUUUGUACAGGAAAGCUGCACAAGGACUUCUUCUCCGAGGCAAAAUGGAAAGAAAGACAAAAAACGCAACGUGCCAGUCUGGAGAGAUACACACGACGACGACCAGAUUUUAAAGAUUUCCACAACCAAGUGGACGGAUUGUCCCCCAUCAGCUACCCCGCACACGGCCUGUACGUACGUCCUCUCAGGGCUGUGCAGCUGGAAGGUCUUCGAAUCGAGUGGUUUGAUGGCAGGAAACAGUCCAGCGGUGCAGACCUUGGUGUGAAACUCCUCGCCAGGAGAGGGGUGUUCAAACUGCUGGCCGCUGUGGAGGGCGUCAGGGCGGCCGGCGUGAAGACCGCAAGCCUGGUCAUCCGGACACCGGAUCCGGACCGCCUCAACCUACAGUUGCAGCAGAUAGUCUACCAGAAUACGGAAUUUGACGGAAACAUGGUGGAUAUAGUGGAACUUUACUUUGGCAAGUUCAACGCCACCAUCCCGAUCCACAUCCAGCACCGGCAGGUCACGUGGCUUUACCCGCAAGGAGCAGGCAGAGUUCAGGACAGGGUAACUGUGGUAGUGAAGGCGUUUCUCCGGUACGACCACGUCAGACAGCUGAUCGCCAGCUUCAGAAAGUUUUACCCUGGUACCAGAAUCAUCGUAGCAGACGACAGCCCCAAGGAGAGAUACCAAGACGUUAAGGAAGAGUUCACACAUCACUACAGGAUGCCGGACUAUGCCGGAUUCUUCGCCGGACGGAACCUGGGGUUGUCUCAGGUCACUACUGAGUACUUCCUGUAUAUGGACGACGAUCACUACCUCAAACCUUCCACCAAACUGGAGACCCUGAUGUCGCUCCUGGACAACACAGACUUUCACGUGGCCAGCGGUGCGUACGAGGAUCUGGAGGAGUUUGCGUCAGCUAUCCGGGUGGUGGGGAACCAGACGUACGCCUGCUUCGAGAAGCUGCGGAAACAUUACCACGAGAUCGACGGUUUUCCUGACUGUUACGCGGCGGACCACACCGAGAAUUUCUUCCUGGCGUCCACGGCUGAAGUCAAGGCGGUUGGUUUUGAUCCGAACCCCGCCCAGGCUAGGGUAGGACAUCAAGAAGAUUCUUAG